AUGCGUUGGGGUGUGCCGAAUGUUACUCAACUAGAUCAUCUUGGUCCACAAACAUGUUAUGAUGAAGUUGAGCACUGCAAGUUUCUUUCAGUUGGUCCGACUUUUAUUACUGUACUUGGCCAGCGUUAUGGCGAAUAUGAAAUUCCAGUAACAGUCAACUCAUCUGAGAUGGAACUUAUAAAAGAAUGGUCGAAAAAGAUUUGCGGAGUAUCCUCAAAAUGUAUUGAGGCGUUUGAAGAAUGGUAUUUAUGUGACAAAAAUGAUAUAAAUCAGGCUUACCAUUUGAAGCCAAUAGUUGAAGCAUUCCAAUUGGGAGAUAGUAGGUUUGUUGAAAAUGCCAAACAACGGUGGUAUGAGGAUCGUAAAGCUAUGCAGCUUGGCAUGAGUCAAAUAAUACCAGUUUUAAUUGAACGUGGGUUAAUAUCAAACCAAGAAGCAUUAAAAUACUCUCUCUCAGUUACCGAACAUGAGAUAGUAUUGGGUAUACUGAAUGCGGAUGAUUCAGAUAAACGAAAAUGUGCAGCAUUUACAAGAACUAUUAAAGAAAUUGAUGAAGUACUGCAAAGUACACAAGCAAAUAAAUUUCUAGACAUAAAUCGCAAUGGGACAUUAGAUGAGACACGUUUUGAACAGAUAAGUGAUUUAAGAAAUGUUACUUUAGCUGCUAUUUUAAGAGAAAAUAAUAUCCGCAAUUAUGAAAUCCCAUGGUCAGUUAUUGAAAAUGAUGGAUUAGAACGCACGUUAUAUUUACGAAAAUUCGGUAUGGAUUUUGAGUCCAAAAUAAUUUCACUCAUUGAUAAAGCAGUAUCAGAAAUGUCAAAUUUCGAAAAUGAUGAAUUAUACGUUGAAGUCUUACAACAUUUAAAUCAGUGUAAUGAAUUUAUUCAAGAAUUUCAUGGUCGUAGUAAUGUAUUAGAAGUUGUAAAACGCUAUAUUCAAGGCGAUUCUACAGGUUUAGUAAAGUUAUAUUUAUGUUAUGUAACUAGUUCGGUUUAUCCAUUUGUAUUAUAUGGUCAAUCUGGUAGUGGGAAAACAUCCGUUAUGGCUAAACUUGCAGUAACAGCAAGAGAUUGGAUAAGUGAAAUUAGCAAUUCCAUAAAACAUACUAAUAGCUUUAAUCAAUUUCGUAUUCGAUCAAAGCAUAUUAAAAGUAAUAAAACAAAUCUGGAAGAAAAAGAAUCAAAUUCAACAUUUGUACCAGAUCAUUCUACAUUAUUUAAUCCCAGUGAUUCAGUCAUUGUAAUAAUACGUUUUUUAGGAACAAGUCCAGGUACUUCAACAUUACGUCAAACAUUAAAAUAUAUUUGCAGACAACUUGUUGCAAAUAUCAAUAAUAUUGGAAGUAUGAGUAAUUCUGAAACAUUUACAUUUAUUGAUCCAGAAGCGAUUCGAGCACAAGAUGAUUUUCAGUCUAUUCUUAAUACAUUUUACGAUCUAUUGGUUCAACUUUCAAAUAUGCAAAGAUACGUAUUAGUUUUUCUUGAUGCAAUCGAUCAACUUGAACCUUCAGAUGGAGCAUAUUUUCUUGGAUGGAUAAGAGUUCCUUUGCCUAGAUAUGUUAAAUUAAUCAUUUCAACACUGCCAGAUAUUGGAGGGAUAUUAGAUAAUUUUCGUUCCAGUUUUCUAUCUUAUUGCCCUUCACCUUCUACAACACAUUUACACAAUUCAGAUGAUCAAGAAAAUGAUACUACAGAUUCUACAACUUAUCCUAAUUUCAUUGAAGUUGAAGUACUUGAUGAUAGUAUGUGUGAACAAUUAUUAAAAACAAGAUUAGCCUCGAAUGGAAGAUGCUUACAACCAUUUCAAUGGAAAUUAGUUAGAAGAGCACUUUCACAUUGUCAUUUAACAUUAUUUGUUGUUCUUGUAGAACGUGUAGUAAUUCAAUGGAAAUCAUGGCAUCAACCUAAUUAUAUUUUAAACAAUGAAGAUAAUCAAAUUGAUACCAAUAAACCAUGUACAGAAGAAGAAGUUGAUUUAGCAAUUAAACAAUGGCCAAAUUUAGAACUAGCUUUAACAGUUAGAGGAGCAAUUGUACAGUUUUUUGAAUCAUUGGAACAUACACAUGGCAAAUUAUUGACCUCUCACGCAAUAUCCUACAUCACAGCUUCACGUCGUGGUAUGAGUGAAGCGGAAAUCGUGGAUUUAUUAUCUCUUGAUGAUGAAGUCUUGCGAGAUGUAUUUGAACAUCAUUUACCUCCACAAGUCCGAGCUCCACCAUUUGUUUGGACAAGACUACGGAAUGCAUUAGGAUCCAAUUUGGUUGAACGUGAAGCAGAUGGAAUCGUUGUUGUAUUUUGGUAUCAUCGUCAGUUUAUUGAAGCCGCACAAGAUUAUUAUUUGUCUGACAUUAAUCAUAGACGAAAAAUUCAUUCAAACAUUGCAGACUACUUUUUAGGUAAAUGGGCAGGAGUGAAAAAAACAUUUCAUUAUCCAAAGUAUCUUGCAGCUAAAUUGAAACUGCCACCAUCAAGUAAUGAAGAUAGAAUGGUACCAGCACAACCGUAUGUAUUCGAGGAAUCUCAAAUAAGCGGUAAAAAGAAAUUACUAUUAAAUUUAAGAAAGUUAAACGAACUGCCAUGGCAUUUGUGUCACUCAGGUCGAUUCGAAGAAUUUUACACCGAGAUAAUGUUUAAUUAUGAAUUUUUAUACAAUAAAUUACGUGGUACUUCUAGGUCCCAGUUACUAAUUGAUCUACAGCUUCCAAUACAAGCAUAUCGAACAUUUCAAAUGGAACAACUACUUUCUUCAUGUACUCAACCAGGUCGAUUGUCUGCAAAAGAUAUUCGAGCAAAACUAGGUGGAUUGAAUUCCGCACUUUUCAUCAAUCAAUCAUCAUUAUUAUCUACUUCGGAUACUACAACCAAUGCUAGUAACUUUUCUGUAGUUUAUAAUACCGAAAUGCAACCAUCUGCUCAUUUAAGACCUCCUCCACCAGAAGCUUUCAAAGUAUACAAUUGUAUUCGUAUUGCUGCUCUCAGUUUGGACUAUCAACCAUCUAGUUUACCCAUUGAUAUUUUAGGACGUCUAACCAAAAUUUAUCAACCUCCAUCAUAUUUACACCGUACGCGUAAGCGUUUAUCAACAUAUGUGCCCUUUGGAUCACGUCGUAGUGUGUCUAUGUUAAAUUCGAAACGCGAAUUAGAACAUAAACGUCGAGUGGCUGAAACAGAAACACCUAUAAAUAUUUACAGGAAUUUAUUAGAUAAACUUUUAAUUCAAUCAAGAUAUCUUGGUUGCAAACAAUGCGCUUUACUGCCACGUACAACAUGCUUUGAUUCCGGUAGUGGUUUACUGCAUACAACCUUUGAUAUUGGACUGGGUAUCGGACGUUUAAUGUCCAAUAAUUUAAUUUUAGCAGUUGCUUUAAAUGGUAAAUCAGUCAGUUGGUAUGAUUUAGAUGGUAACUUAGUAAAAACUAUAAGUUUACCUGAAGUCAAUUUAUUUUCAAUGAAAUUUUUAUUAGCUUCACAUACUGCUCCAGAUCCUAUAUCAAUAUGUGCAUUACCAGUCAAUAAAUCACCAGAACUUAACAAUACUACUAACAACCAUUAUGAGGAUAUAAAAUAUAAAGAUAAUCGUUUAAUAUCAAUUACAAAAAUUGAUUACUUCUCUGGUCGUGUGACGAAUUUAUCUACAUUAGAUGAGAAAUGGUCUGAUAUAUUCAGCAUGUCUUCACUUAUAUUAUUAACUAAUCAAUGGAUUGGAUCAUUGGUUGAUUCAACUUUUUAUUUAGGUUAUCUACCAAAAAAACAAAUGGUUAUUGAUGGUUAUACUAUUGAAAGUCAUUCAUUUUAUCAUUCGAAUUUAAGAAAUAUCAUUAGUUUCACUUUAACUGAUUUCGGUGCAUUUUUAAUUGAUACCAAAGAACACAGUGUAGUAUUUAUAUCUAUUCCAAAUGGUUUAACUAUUCAUAGUACUGUGAAACUACAAUCAAAUUUUAUCAUAUGUUUUUGUUUUACAACAACUAAUUAUGAAUCUGAGUUGAAAUUUUAUGAAAUUACUCAAAUCAAAGCGGACAAUUCAAAUGAGAGAAAUUCAUCAUUUUUAAAUGGUUCAACUGUGUGUGGUAUAAAUUUUCAUGGGCUCACUUUAUAUGAAGGCUGUUUAAAGAAUACAAUUAGUUUACAUGUAAUUCAAGCAAAUCGAUUUCUUAAUUGUUCAACACAUUUAAGUUAUUCUGAUCAUUUAGUCGCUUAUUUAUUUAAUGUACGUCGUAAAACUGCUGAAGAUUUUGGUGUGAUAUGGGAUAACAGAUAUGAAACUUAUAUUAAUUUACAACUACCAUUUAAUGUUCAACAAGAUAAUUUAAGUAAUGAUGAAGUGAAUUUAACAAAAGAAAUGUUAAAUUACACAUUCUCAUUUGGGAAAGGUGUCUCAGCCAUAUUUAGUCAUGAGAAUGACCUAUUGUUCACUACUGGGAGAGAAUGUUUUCUACUAGUUUGGAGCACUAUGACCGGACAUAUAUUAAAAAUUAUAGCACAAGGUUGCGCAGAAGGCAUUCUUUCAGGUUUGUCAGUACCUAGUCUGGAUACAGACUUUGCAAUGACCACAACAUCUUCAAUGAAAGGAACAGCGAAUUCAUCAAUGACUGGUUCUGUACUUGUCAUAUGUCAUUUUCCCGAUACAACAACACCCCAAUACAGCGAAUCACCCGAUCAAGCAAUGUUCAUCAUGUGUAAGAUAUUCAAUGUCAAAUCACUACGUAAACCAGAUAAGCAGUUAGCUGUGAUGGGUAGUCAACUGUUUUAUGCAGACGAUAAUCAUAACACAAAUUUGAAUAUUGAAGAAAUUGCAACUGGUGGUCCAUUGGUCUAUCGGUCAGCUAAUAUGUCUAUCGAAUAUGUUUAUGAAGAUGGUUUAUCAACACUUGUUUUAGUAGCUCAUAGAAAAGAAGAACGAACUAAUGUGGAUAGUUUGAUAUUAUAUGAUCUUGAUGAAGAUUCCACCAAUCCAAUUUAUUCCUGGUCUGAUAAUGAAGUCAAUGCCAAAUCAAUAGAUACCUUUUUAACAACGCAACAACUCAUAGACUGGGCUACUAGCAUAACUGAUAUUAAGGCUAUGAGUAAUGGUGAUAAGUUCCUUAAUAAUCAACCUAAUGGCAUUUCAGCAUUUCUUCAUAAAACAGUAACAAAAAUUAAUUCAUUGACAAUAUUUAAUCACAAUAAACUGUUAGACAGUUACACUUAUCUAGAUCCUAUUCAUAUGAAAGAUUAUCUACCUAAUCUUUAUGUGCCUACAUCAAACGGUCUAAUCAGUAGUUUUGGUUUAAUUCAAUCGAAAUAUGGCAUGCUAACACUGAUAAAACCAUCUUUUGAUGACGAAACAACUCAUUCUCUAUUAGUUAAAGUUUUAAUAUCUACAGUUGACAUUGACAAUAACACCUAUGAAUUUAAAAGUUUAUGGGGUGAACAACCUCGAGCAAUCAAUUUAACUCAAGCUUAUCAACAAAUUAAAACAGCUGGUGGAAUUUUAUUAGACAAACGUGAUUUACAGACAAUUACUUUGAAUCUAUUAACAUAUCGUCCGAAUCAUCCUAACCAUAUAAUUAUUGGUUUGAAUGAAUCGCAUAAAACGCUAUAUCCUGUGACUCGGUGUGAUGGAAGAAUAGUUGUUUGGUUAGGCGUUAUUAUGAUUGUAGACUUGGGGUAUCCAGAUGUAGAUAGGGUUGCAUAUGAGGAUAACGUUAAUUAUCCACAGGUUUUACACACAAUUCUACUUGAUUAUGGUCCGAAUUUAAUAUUAUUCUCAGAUGGUAUGACAGCUAUUAAUUAUCGACUGCAUAUAUAUAAUAUUGUAACUGGACAUCGAAGAUCUGAAUCAGAAAGUAAUGAAAUUGAUAAAUUUCUACAGAAAAUGAAUUCUGGUCAUUUUAAUCAGUCAGCUGAAAGCACAGCUGGUAGUAGUGACGAGACAAUUAACUUUUUAAACAAUGAACAAGAUGGGAAAAAAGCAACAGAUAAAGUAUUGGGAGAUCUUAUUGCUAGUAAAUCAGCAAAUGAAGAAAAUAUAUUUAUCCAGUCAAGUGUGUUAGCAGCUGAUGGAAAGUUAUUGAUUGGUAAAAGACAUCAUCCUGAACAGAAAAUUCAUUUGGAUUUAGCUGAUGAAUCGUCAUCUGAAAGUUAUGAUUCUGACGAUUCAGAAACCGAUUAUGGUGCAUCACCAGCUAGAUGUUUAAUUGCCUAUGAAGUAUCAACAACACAAACAGAAAUAUCAUCAUUUUCAUCAUCAUCCUUAAAAAACAUAAUGAACGAUACACGGUUGAAUCAUGUAACAGAAUAUAUGUUUGAAAAUGAGCCUUAUAUGUUAUGGUUAUCUAGAGAUACGAAAACUUUGAUUACAGUUACACCAAAUGAAUAUAUUAGAGGAUUUGAUUUAGGACUACAUCAUGAUGGAGAAUAUUAUUUAGGAUUAUUGGAGUCGGUGAAUACGGAAGAUCAGUUAGAUGAACCUAUUGGAGAAGAAGGCUGGAUAGAUAGUUCACUUUAUAAUUUGACCGAAGAUGAGAAAAAGAUGAAAAUGUUGGACUAUUUUGAAGAAUCAGGGCUAACUGAAAUGAUGAAGAACGCAAUGUUUGAAGUUGCUGAUAAAAGACCAUCUGAUCCAAUAUCAUUUAUUGCUAAAAGUCUUUUAAAACAACAUCAUUCACAAAACAAUUAA